AUGCCCCUCCUCUUGUUUUCACUUCUCUCCAUUCCCCCACUCCCGCAGUACAACGGGUGCAUGUGGAAGGGGGGAAGGAUGCGCGUGGAAGCAGCAAGGAAGAUUUUUCUCGAGCAGAACGCCAAGGAGCGGAGCGAGAGGGAGAGGGAGAGAGGGAGGAGGCCGAGGAGAGGCCCCUUGAGUCCGAACCUGCACUUCAAUUCAAACCCUCCCUCCCUUUACCUCCCCCGCCUUUCUUUCCCCCUACCCGCACAGUACAACGGGUGCAUGUGGAAGGGGGGAAGGAUGCGCGUGGAAGCAGCAAGGGAGAGUUUCCUCGAGCAGGAAGUCCGUAUACCCCCUCUCGUGUUUUCACUUCUCCCCAUCCCCCUACAUGUUACAUGUGCGCAGUACAACGGCCCUGUUGAGACUCUCAAAACCCCUCUCUCUCUAAAUCCCCUCUCUCUCAAUCCCCUCUCUCUCUCAAUCCCCUCUCUCUCUCAAUCCCCUCUCUCUCUCAAUCCCCUCUCUCUCUCAAUCCCCUCUCUCUCUCUCAAUCCCCUCUCUCUCUCAAUCCCCUCUCUCUCUAAAUCCCCCUCAGAUGCAGCGCAUGCCAGCAAAUUGGGCCGGGGUACGCGGCGCAUGCCGGCAGCGGGCGGGCCGGGGUGUGGGCGGCACAAGCUGAGCUUCCAGCGGCUUGCAUUCGAGCCCUCCCUCUCCGCUGUUCUUGCCCGCGCCGCUGCUGCCACCGCUGUUGCUGCUGCUGCUCCUGAUGAGGAUGGUGAUGAUGGUGCUGCUCGUGCUUCUGCUGCUGCGGUUGCUGCUCGUGCUGGUGUUGCUUCUGCUGCUGCUGCUGCUGCUGCUGUGGGGGGAGGGCAAGAGAGAAGGAAGGGUGGAGGAGGGGAGGGUGCUGAAGGGUAUGCUGGUUUUGGGGAGCAGCAGCAGUGGGAGGAGCAUGAGGAGGGGAAGGAGGGGGGGGAGGAGGAUGAGGGGUUGGAGAGAGAAAGGGAGAUGCAGAGGCGACUGCUGCAACGGUUCCUGAUUAUGGAAGGGGAAGGGGCGGAGGCGGAGGGGGGGAAGGUGGAGGGGGGAGGGAUGGGCGUUGCGGGGAGUAAGGGAGAUAGGGCGGAGAAGGGCGCAGAGGGAAGGGAUGGGAGUGAGAGUGGUGGGCGGAAGGGGAGUGAGAUGGGGGGGGGAGACGGUGAUGUGGUGAUGAGCGAGAGGCGAGUUGGGGAAGAGGCGGAAGAGGGGGAAGCGGAAGAGGAAGGGGAAGAGGAAGAGGAAAAGGAUGAGGAGGAAGAGGAGGAGGAUGAGGAGGAAGAGGAGGAGGAUGAUGGGAUGAACAUCAAUCUGACAUGGAGUGGGCCGAGCAAAGGCAGCACAGGCAGCAAAGAAGGCAAAGGAAGCAAAGGGAAUGAGAAUAUCAGUAGUAAGGUGGUGCAGGAAACGAGGUCUAGGGCUGUGGCAGGCACAGGAGGUGCAACUGGUGUGGGCGGUGUGGGUGGUGUGAGUGGUGUGUUAGUUGGGGGCACGGAUGGUGCAGCAGAGGGUAAGUGGGGGCAGAAAUUAGCAGGGAUGAAAGGGGUAGAAGAGAAAGUUGGUAGGGAGAAAGGUGUAAAAGAGGUGGUGGUGGAAGGAAAAGUGUUUGGGGAGAAAGUGGUGGGGAGUGAGAAGAAGGAACAAGUUGAGAAGACAGGGGAGGGGGGGUCGCGAUGGGACAGGCUGUUUGCUGUUGCUUCGUGUGAUGUGGAGGAGGAGGAGGAGGAGGAGGAGGAGGAGGAGGAGGAGGAGGAGGAGGAGGAGGAGGAGGAGGAGGAGGAGGAGGAGGAGGAGGAGGAGGAGGAGGAAGGGGAGGAAGAGGAGGAAGAGGAGGAAGAGGAGGAAGGGGGUGUAGAGGAGGGUAAUGGGGAAGAGGGGAAUGAGAGAUGGCAGAAAAUUUGGGGAAGGUCAAAUCUGGAGGGAGAGAGCAUGGAAGAGGAUAUAUUGGAAGAAGAUGAGUUGGAGAAGAGUGAGGAGGGUGAGGAGAGUGAGGAGGGUGAGGAAGAAGUAGGGGAGGAGGAGAAAGAAGUCAAGAGGAUAAAGGUAAUGAAAGCAGGAGAGGAGCGAGGGGAGGAGGAGAUGGAAAUGAAGGAGGGGGGUGCAGAGGAGGGGGAGGGGGAGGGGGAGGGAGUGGAGGGCGAGAUAGUGGAGGAGGGUGAGGGAGAGGAGGGAGAGAUAGAGGAGGAGGGUGAGGGGGAUGAGGAGGGAGAGAUAGAGGAGAAGGGGGGAGGAGAGGAGGAAGGUGAGGGAGAGGGAGAGAUAGAGGAGGAGGGUGAGGGGGAUGAGGAGGGAGAGAUAGAGGAGAAGGGGGGAGGAGAGGAGGAAGGUGAGGGAGAGGAAGAGGGGAAGGAAAAGUUGGAGGGCGAGGAAGAGGAGGCGGGCAUGGGAGAGGCAGAGAGUGAAGGAGAGGAGGAGGGUGAGGAGGGUGGAGCAGGGAGUGAGGAUAAGGGAGUAGAUGAAGGGGAGGAGGAGGAAGGUGAGGGGAGUGAGGAGGAGGAGGAGGAUGUGGAGGAAGGUGAGGAAGAAGGGGAGGAAGAGGAGACAUCAGGGGAGGGGGAAGAGGAAGAGGAGGAGGAGGAGGAGGAGGAGGAGGAGGAGGAGGAGGAGGAGGAGGAGGAGGAGGAGGAGGAGGAGGAGGAGGAGGAGGAGGAGGAGGAGGAGGAGGAGGAGGAAGGGGAAGGCAAGGGGAGUGAUAAGAGCACAAGAAAGGGGGCAGAAGUGCCUUCGUGGGACAGUCUAUUUGCUUUGGCUGCUGGGGAGGGUCUUGGAGCUGGGGAGGGGAAGGGGAAGGAAGAUGGGAGGAAGGGCUCUGUGACAGAUGGUGGUGUCAGUGGUGGGGGAGGGAAGAGGAAAGGGGCAUUGGAGGGGCCUAGUGAGGGGAGGAAAGGGGGAAAGCGCCAGAAGACAGAAGGGCUGGAAGCAAAGCCAGCUAGUGAUGGUGCUGGCAGUGCUGCUGCUGCUGUUGGUGGUGGUGGUGGUGGCACUGGUGUUGCUGCUGCUAGUGCUGGUGGGGCUGCUGCCGAUGCAGCAGCAGCAGCAGCAGCAGCAGCAGCAGCGAGUGGGGGUUUGGCGGAGAGGCAGGAGCAAGUGGGCAGUGCGUGGGUGCAGAAGUUCACAUGGAAAUCGCUCACCAGUGCUGAUGGCAAACUCUCCUUCUCCCUCAAACCGGUUCUGGGUGAACUGAAGGGCAGUGAGGCACAGGAGGAGGGAGGUGGGACGAAGGAAGGUGGAGGUGGGGAGGAUGGGAAGGGGGAGGUGCCUCGAGGUGGAGAGGGACAGCAGGACGGAGGGAGACGGGAGACGGAGGCGGGACGGGGUGGGAGGAGGGAAGGGGGGUCGUUGUUUGGGGCAGAGCUGGUAGCGCCUGUAACAACUGUAACAACUGGCUUCAAUGGUGCUGGUGCUGCUGGGGUUGGUCUUGGUGCUGCUGCUGGUGGUGGGAUUGCGGGGAGAGGGGACGGUGGGGGAAGAGGAUGGAGAGGGGGGAGAGGAGGGUUGUUUGGGAAGGGGAGGGGAAUGGGUGGAAGGGGAGGAAGGUUGGAUGGGGGUGCAGGAGAGGGGGAGGGAGGAGGCUCAUCUGGGGGAGGUAUACCUGACCUGUUGGCUUUGGAGGAAGCGAGAGGGGCAGGUGAUAUGGAGAAGCUUCUGAUGGACAUGGGAGGAAGCUUCCUCAAGUCGGAGGCGGAGGAGGGGAAGUGGAACCGCAAGAAGAAUGAGCUGCGGCUGGAGUUGAAGCGGCAGCAGAAGUUUGCUCUGAGGAAGAUGAUGAAGUGA